AUGGCUUCUCCGGACCAGUCCCUGACCACCGACGAGAUCAACCAGUUUCUCGACGACCUUGAUACCAACAGAGAUGGCACCAUAGAUUACGAGGAGGUAGAGCACAAGCUCGACCAGGUCUAUAGGGAGAUCGCGCCGGUUCCGAAGCGUCAUCACCUCCACCAUGAUAGCAAGCGAGACGAUGCGCGACAUGCCUUCCUGCGCCACAUAAUAGGAUCCGACCACAGACGGAUAUCGCGAGAGGACAUGAUGCAAAGGGUGCAAGAAUUGAAGAUUCCCUCACUGCAGAUGGAGUCUAAAAACGACCAGGACGAGAACAGUUACGUGCACAGUCUUUCCAUGUGGCGACGCGUCCGGGCAUACUGGAGCGUCCACGGGCCUAAGAUUCUGUUCCUCAUGCUAGUGGUCUCUAUGCAGCUGGCAUUUGGAAUCUGGCAGCUCGUCAAAUACCUUACGACAAUGCAGUACCGGCAUGCGUUCGGAUGGGGCGCCGUCCUAGCGAAGACAUGCGCAGGCUUGCUCUAUCCGACUUUCUUCUUUCUGCUGCUCAGCAUGUCGCGAUACUUCUCGACGUUCUUGCGGAAGUUUUACCAUGUCUCGAGAUUUGUCAAUUGGGAUCUAUCGCAGUCAUUCCAUAUCAAAAUGUCGAUCCUUGCUCUGGGAUUGGCCUCAUUGCACGCUAUCGGACACCUUACGGGGUCUUUUCUGUAUGCCAGUAGACCAGCACAAGAAGAGAAAGUUGCUAAAGUGCUGGGGCCUGAUGCAGUCCCCCGUCCUUACAAGGACUAUGUGGCUACCCUCCCGGGGUGGAGCGGCGUCGUGUGUCUCGCUAUGUUCUGGACGCUUGCGCUACUCAGCAUGCCAGUGGUGCGGCGACGCAGUUACGAGGCCUUCCAAAUCGGCCACCUUCUUAUGUACCCGAUGAUCGGCCUGCUGAUGGCACAUGGCACAGCUGGGCUCCUACAGUGGCCAAUGCUCGGGUACUGGCUUGCAUUCCCAACUUUGCUUAUACUCGUCGAGCGCGUUGUUCGCGUUGCGCUGGGGUUCCAUCGUAUCCCAGCCACUUUGAAGCUUAUCGAUGCAGACACUGUCGAGAUCAAAGCAACAAUCCCUAGUGAGCGCAUGUGGAAGUAUGAAGCGGGACAGUACAUUUUUCUGCAGGUGCCGAAGCUCAGUCUCUUCCAAUGGCACCCGUUCACGGUGUCUGUUUGUAUCGGCCACGAGAUGCAAGUCCAUAUCAAAACCGACGGUGACUGGACUGGCCGAUUGAGGGAUCUUGCCGAAGGCUCGGGGCCAACGCAAAUCGAGGUCGGUAUCAACGGACCGUUUGGUGCCCCGGCGCAGCGCUUUUACGAUUUCAGUCACAGCAUCGUGGUUGGCGCUGGUAUCGGAGUCACCCCGUUCUCUGGGAUACUGGCUGAUUUGCAGGCACAUGAUGACCAACUACACAUUGUACCUGAAGACAUUACAGAAUUGGAAGCAUCCACUGAGAAGCCGCGACAACUUGGUGAUCCACAAAGAAACAUCGACCUCGAAUCUCCAUCAUCAUCAUCAGAUGAGCCCUCGCCAAUCGCCGACGACUAUCGCCGCGUCGACUUCCACUGGAUAGUCCGCGACAGGAACUAUCUUCUCUGGUUCUCAGAUCUCCUGAACUCCGUAUCUCGAUCCCAGAUGCGCCAUCGCGCCCAAGAGGGAACGCCUCAUCUCGACAUCCGCAUCCAGACGUACGUGACACAGCGUCGCAAGAAGAUCUCAACCCACGUCUAUCGCUGGCUUCUCGAAAUGCACCGUACCGAAGAGCACCCCGAGUCGCCACUAACCGGUCUCAUCAAUCCGACGCAUUUCGGGCGGCCGGACUUUAUCGAGGCGUUGGACGCGCAUUACGAGGAUAUGCGGAAGGUGAAGGCGUCCAUGACAAAACAGGACCUAGAUUCCAGGGAACGGUUAAAGAUCGGAGUCUUUUUCUGCGGAGCUCCGGUUAUUGGCGAGAUUUUGGUAGAUCGGUGUGCAGAGCUCAGUGCGAGGGGAAGGCAGGAUGGAAGCAAGAUUGAGUAUCAUUUUGUGACCGAAGUGUUUGGCUGA